CUCAAAUGUUUACGUUAUCUCCGCGACUACUUCAAUGGCGUCCAUUCCACCGAGGAAAGGUCUUUUGGCUUUCAAAAAGACGUCGUUUGACGCUUUCUCACCUUCUGAUCCAACCGAUACGUCAUUGCCGGUAAUGACGCCACCAAAACCGAACGGUAAAGAUGUGAAAGAGAAGAAGAAACGUCGAAUAUCAUCAGAAUUGAGGGACCCGGAAAAUGUUAACGACAUCGUUAAGAUCGAGUUUAACGAUAUAUUCGCGGAGCCCGAGGGAACGUACAGCUUUGGGACAAUCUGGGGCGCAUCCAACAACCUGUUCACAGAUACCAAGGUGUGGUGUUACAAGUUCUUGUCUGCCCUUCUUGCCGUUCCCUGUAGCAUCUGCUGGGGCGUCAAUUUCGCUUGCCUCUCGUUCUGUCAGAUCUGGCUCUGUGAGCCUGGCAUCCGGUGUGGCACCAUCCACUGCCGACCUUGGUCGCGGAUCUUCGGUCUCCUCGUCCGCUCAUUUGUUGAACCUACCUUCGCAGCCGUCGGAAAAAUCUUUGGUAACAUCCGGGUUACAACGUCGAAGGAAUGAUUUACCGAGGGUUGAAAGACAUGAUCGUUCAUAGAAUUGGUAAAUGAGAUAUGGUAAAAAAACUCAGCCAUGGAAACAUUUAUGGAUUGAUCCCAAAUUACUUAAACAUUUUUCUUAAAAAAGAGCAUCGUCAUCGUAUGUUUUGUAUGUGUUUGCGUUUGUGCGUGUAAAGUUCUGAACGACUGAUAUUUCAAUGCAUGAACUACUGUGUCCUUCCUAUACCGUAUCUCUAAUGUGUUCUUAUUGUUCAGAUUUUGAUAUUCUGACUGCGUUAGCACAGAUGCUCCACUCAUGAAAAUCAGACAAGUCCACGCGGUAACGUUCGUCCACGUUAUAACUUACAGGCAUUAGUAAACCUGCCAAUUUUUGAGAAAUGAGCAAAGCUAGGAAAAUCAGUCAUCUAGACAUUUAUUGUUUAACGUUUAUUCAAAAAACCUCGAGAACAGCUGCGACAUAAAUGAAAACAAACUAGAUAACUGCGGAAAGUAUAUAUGAAUAGUACACCCAGUUACUGUUGAAGAGUUACGGCGAAGUGUAUAUAUGAAUUGUAGUAUGUCCAGUUACUGUUGAAGAGUUAAUGCGAAGUGUAUAUAUGAAUAGUAUACUCAAUUACUG